GAGGUCAGAGUCACUGCAUCAGCGUAACCAGGAAGUUCAGUUACUGUCAGGGUGAGGACACAUACUUAGACGAAAAACCAGGCGUCAAAAUCAGGAAAUAAAAGUAAAAGGCGCACGAUGGACUGGAAGGAAGACGCCUGUGAUUGGAACUCACAUGGGCAUAAGCAUGGACACGGACACGGACAUGGACAUGGACAUGCACAUGGAAGUGGAUUCUUUGCACAGAGUGGACAAAUGGAUCAAAUGAAUAAUGACCUCACCCAGCAGUCAGACAGCAUGACAUUUAUGGAAGACUGUAAGAACUGGGAUAUAGUUAAAGCUACACAAUACGGGAUAAUUGACAGAUGUAAAGAACUCGUGGAGGCAGGUUAUGAUGUCAGGCAACCGGAUAAAGAAAAUGUUACUCUCCUCCACUGGGCAUCUAUUAACAACAGAAAGGAACUUGUCAAGUACUAUAUUUCUAAAGGCGCAAUUAUUGACCAACUUGGUGGAGAUUUAAAUUCAACUCCCCUUCACUGGGCUAUAAGACAAGGACAUUUGCCCAUGGUUAUAAUGCUAAUGAAAUUCGGAGCUGAUCCAACUCUUCUAGAUGGUGAAGGAUAUAGUGGUCUGCACCUUGCAGUCCAGUUUCAGCAUAUGCCAAUUUUAGCUUACCUUCUUUCAAAAGGACAGAAUAUUGACACUCCAAACUUAUAUGGACAGACUCCUUUAAUGCUAGCUGCACACAAGGUCAUUGGACCAGAGCCAACAAAUUUUCUUUUGAAGUUUAAUGCAUCAGUUACUGCUGUAGAUAAGCUACACAGAAACACAGCUCUUCAUUGGGCAGUUUUGUCAAAAAAUGAAAAUGCUGCUCACUUUUUGCUUGAAGCAGGAGCUAACCCAGAUGCAGAGAAUGCAAAGGGAGAAACACCAAUUGAUUUGGCUCACCAGUUUCGGAAUCCCUUGAUGCUUCACAUGCUAACACAUGUGAAGAAGGAAAGAAGCCACAUACAAAAUCCCUUUGUGAAAAGGCUUCAGAAAUACAAGUUCUCUUUUAUGACAGGACUCUGUGUUCUUAUGCUUUGGACUGCAGGAUACAUAGCAGACAUGAAUACAGAAUCUUGGUUGCUCAAAGGAACUUUAUUUGCAUGUUUGUUUGCCAUAGUUAAUCUUGCUACAAGGUGGCUCAUCAAUGUUCAUAUUCAAAACCUUGUAGUCCCUGCAUUCCUGCUGGCAUCGAUACUGUUGAUGUUUCUCACCUGGUUCAUUUGGUUCCUUCCAGAUUUGUCAGAGGCGAUUUUCCAAAUUACAUUUUGUCUCAGCAUUGUAGGACUUCUGUAUUAUUUUUACAAAACUUGGGCAUCUGAUCCAGGAUACAUCAAGAGCAGUUUGGAAGAGAAGAAAAAGACUGUGAUUACUCUUGCCGAAGCAGGGUUUUUAGAUUUUGGAUUACUUUGUGGCUCAUGUCUUGUGCGGAGGCCUGCUCGGUCUUUGCAUUGUUUUCUUUGUGACUGCUGCGUGGCAAAACAUGAUCAUCACUCAAUCUGGACCAACAACUGCAUAGGUGCUGGAAACCAUCGCUACUUUGUGGGCUUCCUGUUUUUCUUGUCCCUGGUUUUAGGAUGGAUGUUUUAUGGAACGGCAGUUUACUGGUCCAGCCACUGCACUUUCAAUUAUUCAAAUGAAGGAAUCUGGGGGGUUCUAAUUCAGGUCGUUACCUGCUCUCCAUGGGUCUUGUACAUCUUUAUCAUUGUAUGCGUACAUGCCACCUGGUCCUCUUUGAUGCUUUUGUCUCAGAUUUAUCAGAUUACAUUUUUAGGCUUGACUACGUAUGAGAGAGUCAAUCUCCUAAAGCGGAUGAAAAACUCUAAACAUCCAAUUUCAUUGAGAAAAACUCCAUACAACUUAGGAUGUGCUGCAAAUAUUGUGAACUUCUUUCAGCUGAGAUGCUUUGGUCUUUUUAAGCCGGCCGUUAUCGACUGGUCUCAGCAAUACACACUCUCGCCUCAUGUGGGGUCAGCAGCACCAGGAACAUUUCUAUCCGUUUGACAGGGAGAAAGUGACUGAAGAGAAGAACCACCAGUGUCACCUUCAAUUGUAUGUACUGUAUCUCUAAUAGUCACUUAUUUAUUUUUGGCUUUAUCGACAGGUUUUGAUUUAAGGGGCAAAAUCUGUAAUAGUUAUAUUAUGGCCUUUCAGUUGCAGUUUGUCUACAAGUGAAAAACAAAAGUCUUUGUAAUAUAAGAAGAGGUCUUGGGGCUUUUUUUAUCUAGUCCUAUUAGUCAUAAUCUUCACAGUUUUUGAUCAAUGGCAUUUUGAGAGUACAGGUGAAGUUAACUUCCUUAUGUAUCUGGAAAACCUAAAGGAAUGCUCUUGUGUGCACUGUUCUGUGGUUUGAUAGUUUUCAUGUUGCCAAUAAAUUAUUGGAAACACUAAUUUAAAUGUUAAAAUAUUUGAAUCUUCUUAUUGUAUUGAUGCCCAAGUUUGUUUGUAAUGAACAGAAGAUCUUAUGUGCCCUUUCAAAUUAUUUUGAUGUUUAUAAAGAAUUCUGUGUUACAGAUAUAUUAUGCAAUAACUUUAGACACAAAGCUAAUAUGUUUGCUUAAUCACUGUAUAUUUCACAGUACACCAAAAUAUGAUAGCGACACCAUGAGUGGCAUUUGUACAAUACAACGUGCAGCCAAUGAGUUCCAUGUUUUCUUGCAUUAAUGCAGUUGUGCAAGUGAGGAGUCUGAAUCUGCCUUCAGUCUCCUCACUCAUCACAUUCUAGUUCGUGUUCUGCUUAUGCGAGAUUUUUUUUUUUUUUUUACUGUAUGUAUUUUGAACAGUUGCUGUUUUGGUACGUGUUUUGUAUAUGAGCGGUUUUAAGAUAUUAAAAUAUUUUGAAUUCAA